AUGGAUUCACUCGACCAUCACCUUCUCAGCUCAGACUCGCCGGAUAUCACGCUUGUAGUGGCCACCCCGGCUGAGCGGAUCGAGAGCAUACGCGCGAAUGGGCUGGCGUGGAAAGGUCCCUUGAGUAUGGACCAGUAUAUCGCCCGUGAGGACUUCCUGAUAAAGGAGGACAUGGUCAAGGAUGGCGGUAUGACAUGCUGGGUCCUGGUUGACCGCACCCUGCCUCCAGAUGGUCGUCCUAUCUUGAGCAGCUGCGAGUCGAUCGCCAAACAAACAUUCCUGGCGUACAAUGGGAACAUCGAGACGGUCAUCUCCCAUGGAGUCGGGAGUGUCUACUGUCGGCCAGAGCACCGAGGACGCGGGUAUGCUAAGCGGAUGAUCAUAGAACUGGCCAAGAUACUAGACACCUGGCAGCAGGAGAAGGGACAGCCGUGUCUGUUCUCAGUCCUGUACUCGGAUAUCGGCAAGUCCUUUUAUGCUGCGCAUGGAUGGCACCCAUACCCUUCAUCCCACUUCACUCUCGCGCCGGCUCCAGGGGCUGCUCAGACGGCGAAUGGGAGUGCGAACGGCAGAACCAAGAGCGUUGACAUGACUAUAGUCAAGGAUAUGUCCCGCGAGGAUGUGCAUGAAUAUAUGUGCUCUGAACCAGUCAUCGAGCACCACAAGCAGAAACUAAGAGAGGCGUCCAUGGCGUCCCAGGCCGUCAUGGCUUUCCCUCCAGACUAUGCCCAUAUGUCCUGGCACUGGGCCCGAGAUGAGUUCUAUUCUCGCAUUCUCCGUUCAGAGAAGGGAGAAGUCCGAGUGAAAGGUGCAGCAGUCCCGAGCCGAAAGGUAUUCGUGACCUGGAACAAAAAGUACGGGGCCACGCAAAAGGACUGCACCUUGUAUAUCCUUCGAACCCAGUACGAAGAGCCUACGUCACCAGCAGAGGAAGAGGCUGUUGUUGAAGCUCUGGCAGGCAUCUUGCGUCGUGCCCAAAUUGAAGCUCAGGAAUGGAAGAUGGACCAUGUCGAGAUCUGGAAUCCAUCCCCAUUGGUCACAAAGGCCAUCCUGACUGCUGACGCCAACGCUGUAGAAACUCACCGGGAGAAAGACAGCAUCCCCUGUCUGAAGUGGGACGGCAACCAGCAUGGGUAUGGAGAUAGUGUUGAGUGGCACUUGAACGAGAGAUACGGCUGGUGCUAA